AUGACAUCUAUAGGAACAGGAUACGAUUUAAGUAAUUCAACUUUUAGCCCAGACGGACGAAUAUUUCAAGUAGAGUAUGCAUGUAAAGCUAUAGAAAACUCAGGAACAGCUCUAGGAAUUAAAGUGAAAGAUGGAGUUGUUUUAGCUGUUGAACAUUUAAUACAGUCCAAAUUACUUAUCCCAGGGUCCAAUAAAAGAAUUUAUACUGUUGACGAGCACAUUGGAGUUGCAAUAGCAGGUUUAAAUACAGAUGGAAAACAUUUUAUCGACCGUGCCAGAGAAGAAGCAAGAAACUGGAGAGAUAUAUAUAGAACACCUAUUUUAUCAUCUUCUUUAACCGAUCGUAUGGCAAAUUACAUGCAAUUAUAUACUCUUUAUUCAUCAGUAAGGCCUUUUGGAACAUCUUGUAUUAUUGCAUCUAUAGAAGACAAUAUUCCAAAACUUUAUAUGAUUGAACCAAGUGGAAGCUAUUGGGGUUAUAGUGGUAUUGCAAUAGGAAAAUCCCAUUGCGAAAUAAAAAAUGAAAUUGAAAAACUAAAACUAGACGAAAUGUCUCUUUAUGAUGCUGUAAAAGCAGCCAUCGAAAUUAUUCGUUCUACUCAUAAUGAUUCAAAAGAAAAAGAAUAUGAAAUAGAAGUAUCGUGGAUUAGUCUUUCAAAGACAGAAGGUAAACAUCAACUAGUUCCAAAAAGUUUUAUAAAUUCUAUAAUAACAGAACUUAAAAACUCAGAAGAAAUGAUUGAAGAUUAA